UUUGACAUUCCCCGUCGCUGGCUCGUAGACGACGACGACAACGACAACGAACAGAACACUCGGAAGAGGACAUAUCCAAAAACCACUCCACAACCCCGAACACGAUGCUCGGUCUGCAACUGGCCGUCGCCGCACGCACGGCUCAGGUGUCGUCCGCAUCGCGACGUAGCUUCAUGGCACUCGCAGCCCCCACAUCCACAUUCCUCACACCAUCCCGCACUCUGCUUCGUCCUUGCACCCCCUUCUCCACAACGUCCUUAUCACGAGCGACCACCACAACCCCAUCUCCCUCACAACCCAUCCACCGUCCCAACACUACCACCGCCUCCAACACCACCGCCGAACCCCUCUCGCAGAUAACCUGGACACAAUACUUUGCCUUCCGCAAAUCACGCAAAAACUGGGAGCGCGCCGGCGCCAUCCUCGGCGGCACGCUCGGUUUUGUUGGCGGGGGCUAUUAUUUCGCCGCUGUGGCGGAUUUCGACCCCACGCAGCAGAUUUUGGGGAUCCCGGACCCGACGUAUGUCUAUGUGCUCGGGACAAUUGCGAUUGGUGCUGUGAUGACGAUUGCGGGAAUUUCGGUCGGGAGCGCGGCUUGGAGGAUGAGUAAGAGCAGACAAAUCCUCCGCUCCCUCGACUCCCGCGACAAAGAGUUCUUCCGUCGAAUCCAACGCCACCGGCCGAAAGAGAUCGCAGCAGUGGUGCCCGUGCCCGGUGGACAGGGUGGCAUGCCGGACUACUACGGCGAAAAGAUCUUCAGCGUGAAGGAUUACAAAGAGUGGCUGAGGCGGCAGAAGACGUUUACCGCGGGACGGCAGAGGAGGUUGGGCCAUCAGCCCCAGCAUUGGGAUACCUGAGGGAGGGUGGUGGGUGAGGAGCGGAGGGAUGAGGUGUAUGGCUGGAUGGGAGGCGAUCGAUGAGGAUGUUUAAGGGGCGCAACCACGAGUGCAUAGUAUGCUGGCGGUAUGCUGGUAUGGUGUAUAUAUACGAAGUGUGCAUCUAUCAAUCCAUCUGUACCAAAACCGGAAUUUU